AUGACAUCAAAUUGGCAGCCAACCCAGGAAGGGCUCUCAGAGCUCGUACAGCUCUUCCGCGACUCGCAAAGCCCGCAAAUGGAUGUUCAGGAGAGGAUCGCCCAGCGUCUCGACACAGUCAGCCAGAUCCCAGACUAUGCCAACUACUGCGUCUUUGCCUUGACAUCUCUCACUACCGAGGACCUGGCGACCAGGUCGGUUGCUGGUCUCAUCCUCAAGAACCAUAUUCUCUUCCAUAAUGACUUGAUUUCGCCGCAAUCGUUCGAGUACGUCAAGCAGGCUAUCAUUCCCGCUCUCAGCUUGCCAGAGGACAUGCUUCGACGCACUGCAACCCAGGUCGUCUCGAUGCUCAUGACCAUUCUCACCCCGCAAGGUUGGCCGGAAGGUCUCUCCAAGCUCGGCGAGCUCAUGGGCUCCCAGAACAUCGACGAAGCCGAGGGUGCAUUCAGCUCGCUAGCCAAAAUUUGCGAAGACAUUCCGCGCGAGCUUGAAAUGUGCGAGAUUAACGGCGUCAAGCCAAUCGACAUCCUUAUCCCCAAGUUUCUCGAGGCCACCCAGCACACGGACUCGCGAAUCCGUAUGCAUGCGCUCAACUGUCUCAACCAGUUUGUGCAGAUCGGUUCCGUAGCUUUGCAAAACCACAUUGACGCCUUCCUUGCUGCCCUCUUCAAGCGUGCCAGCGACGAAAGUGCCAAUGUGCGCAGAUACGUAUGCCAAGCGCUCGUACUCAUUCUCGGCGUAAGGCCCGACAAACUCAUCCCGGAAAUGGACAAUGUCGUAGAAUACAUGCUCUACUCGACGCAGGACAAGGAUGAUGAUGUCUCGUUGGAAGCAUGCGAAUUCUGGCUCCAAUUUGCCGAAGAGCCCUCGCUCAAAGACAAGUUGCGCCCCUACCUCUCCAAAGUCGCGCCGGUUCUGCUCAAAGGAAUGGUCUACAACGAACUCGAUCUGCUCAUGCUGGGUGGAGACGAGGACGAUGCAGCAGUGCCAGACCGUGCCGAAGACAUCAAGCCUCGACACUAUGGCGGUGGUGCGCAUAGAAACGAACAUCUCGACGAUACUCCCAACGGAGGUGCAUCGGGUACUGGCAAGUCGCGAGCCGCCAUCGAGGCGCAAGACGAUGACGAAGACGACUUUGACGAUGAGGACGAGGAUGAGGAGGAUGAUGACGGUAUCUCGGAUUGGAACUUGCGCAAGUGCUCAGCCGCCGCUCUCGACGUCAUGGCAGUCAACUUUGGUGACGAACUGCUCGAGAUCCUGCUGCCUUACCUCAAGGAGCGACUCUUUAGCGAGGACUGGCUUCAACGAGAGUGCGGUAUCCUCGCUCUCGGCGCCAUCGCCGAAGGAUGCAUCGCGGGCAUCCAACCGCAUCUGCCCACUCUGGUGCCCUUCCUGAUCAACAGCCUCAAGGACUCGAAACCGCUGGUGCGUUCCAUCACGUGUUGGACGCUGGGUCGAUACUCGAGCUGGUGCGUGGCUGCCGAGACACCGGAGCACCAGCAGCAAUUCUUUGUGCCUGCCAUGGAGGGUCUGCUCACCAUGGUGCUCGACAACAACAAGCGUGUUCAGGAAGCAGGCUGCAGUGCCUUUGCCACGCUCGAGGAGGAGGCGGGACGUAGCCUCGAGCCGUUCCUCGAGCCUGUACUCAAGACGCUCGUGUUUGCGUUUGACAAGUACCAACAAAAGAACCUCCUCAUCCUCUACGACGCGCUUGGAACGCUCGCCGAUUCGGUAGGCUCGGCGUUGAACCGACCGGAGUACGUCGAGAUUGUCAUGCCGCCAUUGAUUGCGAAAUGGCAGGGCCUUCACGAUACAGACCCGGACCUGAUCCCGUUGCUCGAGUGUAUGUCGUCGGUCACGAUCGCAGUGGGACCGGGAUUUUUGCCAUACUCGCCACCUGUCUUCCAGCGCUGCGUCGGCAUCGUUCACGACAAUCUAGCAGCAGCAGAAGCCGAGGCGCAGAAGCCCGCCGUGGAGCAGGACGUGCCGGAUCGCACGUUUAUCAUUGUCGCAUUGGAUCUGUUGAGCGGCUUGACGCAGGGCCUCAACACAACGGUGCGUGACUUGGUGGCAGGUUCGCAACCAUCGCUGUUGCCGUUGCUAGGACAUUGCAUCACCAACGUCGAGGCACCUGUGCGUCAAUCAGCGUACGCAUUGUUGGGUGAUCUGGCGAUUUCGUGCUUUGAUCUGCUCAAGCCUUUCCUGCGGUCGAUUAUGCCGGAGCUGAUCCGACAGAUCGAGCCGGAGCCCAAGAUGGAGAAUGUCUCGGUAUGCAACAACGCCGCAUGGGCGGCAGGCGAGAUCGCGCUGCAGUACGGUGCAGACCCGGAGCUGACGCAGUGGGUGGAUGAGUUGAUCAAGAGGCUCGUCCCCGUCCUCCUCUCGACCAAGUCGGUCAAGUCGCUUUCCGAAAACGCUGCUGUGACGAUUGGCCGACUGGGACUGGUACAACCGCAGCUGGUAGCACCGCACCUUGAGGUGUUUAUCGAAUCGUGGUGCCAGGCUCUGUGGGACAUUAAGGACAAUGACGAGAAGGACUCUGCCUUCCGCGGGCUGUGCGAGAUGAUCCAGGUCAACCCGAACGGUGCAGCUAAAGGGUUUGUCUACUUCUGCAAUGCGGUGGUAAGAUGGUCCACGCCGAGCGCCGAGCUCAACGAAAUGUUCCGCAAGAUCUUGACCGGCUUCAGAGAUAUGAGCGGUCCGCAGUGGGAGGUGCAGAAGGCGCAAUUCCCUCCCGUCAUCGUGCAGAGGUUGGCGGAUCGAUACGGGCUGUGA